CUUACACAGGCGACGACAGUGGAUCUGCAGGAUGAUCAGCGGGAGGAUCCCUGAUCACACUGAAUUAUGUAGAGACACACCAGGGCUUCAGUAAGAUAAAGCGAAUGGAUGAGGGGACAAAUCGUGUACCGUUAGUAACUUUAUGUAAACAAAGAAAAGGUAACUCGAGUUAGUAUUUCAGAAAUGAAGGAGGGCAGAUGAACUGCCGGUGUGCCUUGAAUUUAGGCGUGACAGUGCGCCUGCACUAACAGCAGCUAGGAAUAGCCUGACUGAAUUAAUAUCGGAAUUAAUCAAAACAGACCCCUCCCUGCCUUAUCGAUGUGAAUGCAUGGGGUCGACAUGAGUACCAGUAUAAAGGAAGGAGAAUUAAAGAAGAGAUUGCAGCAGUUCCUGACUGACCUGGCAAUAUUGGGAUCUUUACAGGGAUUUCGUUAUUUUCAGCCCUGGUUAAGGGGGAAAGAGGAACUGCUGCUGACUGUCGUCAAUGAGGACAUGGGAUGGCGAUCUCCUGGAUUUCCUGUCUCCGUGGCCUCCUCCUUUACCAGCUCAACAUGUAGUAGCAGCUACAGCCUGGCUAGCGACUAUGACAGCUCCCCCUUACCUGGGGAAGGUCCUCAACCACAGCCACAACCCAAACCUCCACCUCAAAAGCCUCCCCGACAGCAGACCAACAGGUGUAAUGAUUCCCAUCUCCUCCCAGCAUCACCCAGUGAGGAGGAGAUUGCUGUGCCUGAAAUUAACUGCACCCUUUUCCUGUUGGCUGGUUAUGCUAAAUAUGGCCGGCCAUAUGCCUGGAUACGAUCCAAUCAUGAGCGCUUAGUUAACAUUGGGGGCACUGAUUCGCUGGUGAAAGACACACCCAUGAAGCUGAAGUCUAUUACAGAUUGGACUACAACUUCAGAAGGAACACGUGUGUGGGAUGUAGUGAAUGAGUUGGUGGGUCUGUGCACUAUGCCUCCUCCAGACAAUCCUUUCUCUCUGGACAUGCGCUACCUCCAAACCCUUCCCCUCCCAGAGCGCUUCCUGGUCACUGGGGCCCUCCUUAACUUCUUGGAGAUGAUUGUGGUUGAGGGAAGUCGAGAGGAACCCUUCUACGAUCUGGUUAUGAAUGAGAUGAACCCCUUGAGGCGACUCCACUUCCAGAGCCUUGUUGAGCUCCAGAGGCUUCGCAGGUUUAAGAGUGGCAGUCCUUUACUGCUGGACUCAUCAGAAAACCAGUAAAUUCCAACACACUGCCAUUGCUCCGACUGGGUGCAGUCUGGAGAACACAAAAAGAAAUUUGCACACAAAGGAACGACUGUAAUCAUUCAGAUGCAGGAACAGAAUGAUACCAGACAUUCAGAUGUUCCAAAAGUAAAGCCAACAUUUAAAGAAAUGCUUUUAUUCCAAGGUGUGUGGAUAUGGACUCCACAAAAAAAAAAAACUUUUGGUGCUGAAUAACAGAAGUGCUAUUUAUCUCACUGUAGAAUUGUAAUGCAAAUCUUGUUUGCACCGUUUAUCCUUAAAACAUUUUAAAACUUUAUUUGUAAUAGAUUAGUUCCACAAAUGUUGAGGUUUUCACUUUUCAGAUUCACCCGUUUUGUUUUGUACCGUCAUGAAAUCCACUCAUGCUGAAGCACUGGUGAACAUUGUCACGGCAAUAAAGUGAUGUCUGUGCUUGUUAAUAUUAAUCAACAUAAGAGUAAAUCUUUGGAAUGAUUGUAUGAGACUAUAUUCGUCUCAAGUGCAUUUAAGACCAUCUUGGCAUUAAAACAUUAUACAUUUGAUUACAACAA